GACUCCGAAACGGAAGAUAAUGUCAUUGUAAAAUGGAGGAAUGACAAUGGAAUAUUUAUUCCCAGUGAAGUGGAGAUACCUCAGUACGAUUUAAGUGAAGUAAAAGCCAAAAAUAACAGAGGAGUCUAUACCACAGGUUUGCUUGGUUCAAUUUCUUACACUGCCCUAGUUAUCUUUAGUUAUUAUUUCGCUUUUAUUUUAUUUCCUUAUAGUUACUUCCUGGACAAGAAAGCACACAGAGAGGUGAAGGUCGAGAUUCUUAGGGUUCAGAAAAAAAUCGAUUAGAAAUUUAGGAAUUUCCAAGAUACGAGUUAUUUUAAGAAAAAAGAAAAAUAUGGCUUAAGUCCAAAACUGAAGAUGAUAUCAACUGCGGAAAUACAAUGCAAAUCUAAGUGAGAAUAUAACCAUCGUAGUUGUAAUCGCAAUUUAAGCAAUAGACCUGUAUAAUUUGUACGUUAUAUUUUCCCAGUUCGAACCACGGGAUGUUUCUCUAAGGAAUUUUCCUUUUGUUUUUUCAUUAGUUGCGCACGGCUCUACCCGUGGACAACGCGACUUUUGAAAGAAACGAUCAUCACAUGGUCUGAAAUGGGAAAACAAAACAUACAAGCAAAAGAGGUCUAUUGCAAAUUAAGAGCCCCCCCGGCCCCCGUCAAAAAAAAAUUGAACCAAAUUAAAAGCCAAAAAAAGGCCUCCGCGGUGGCCAUAGAUCUUCCCAAAAUACCUCAAUAACGCUGUCAUAAAUUUGUUUCAACUUCACGAACAUAUCGAGGCGGCUAUUGAAGGAAAAAGCUCUCGUGAACGAUUUUGGAAGAACAGUUCCCAGCGCCGAGAAAUGUGUUCGCAAGUAAAAUAGGUAAUGGCCUCAUUUCGUUCUAUAACAAUUCCGAUGUCUUUGUAACACUGAACAAAUUUUCAUCUUCAUCUAAUAAAGCUAUGUACAGCUAUGUCUUUGUUAAUGACGACGUAGUUUAUGCUCAAACUUGGGAGGUAUUGACCCUCAAAAACCCUAUCGAGCCACCUUAACCCCUUUCCACGAAAAAAAUAUCUGUGGAGGACUGUUAAGUCCAAACUAUAUUCAGUCUUUGUUUUAUGUUCUUUUUAGGUGCUUUCUCUGAGCCAGAUGCCACGUUCAUCUUCAAAAGACGCCUUAUGUUCUACGUAUACGGCUUUUAUCUACCGGUUACUCUGGUUGUCCUUCUUAGUUGGGUCUCCUUCUGGAUCGAUCCGGAAUCCACCCCCGCCCGGGUCUCCCUGGGAGUCAUAACCAUUCUCGCCAUGGGAAACUUUCUUCAUGGGGGCGGUGCUACUCCAAGUGUGUCAUACGCCACUGCUCUCGAUGUUUAUAUCAUCACAUGCUUUGUGUUCGUUUUUGCCAGUUUGUUGGAGUAUGCUGCUGUACACUGCGCUAUUAACAAAUAUCAAGAUGUUACUAUGAAUGAGGUAGGUGCUAGUUGCACCGUAGCCAGGCUUUUAUAUUAAUCGAGGAAAAUAGACGUCGCGAAAAAGGUUGAGAGGGUAUGCCUCCACGCUCCCCCCUUCAAAAAUCGACACCAUUAAACCCUAUACCAAGUGUACAAAAUUUAGGGACGAAAGAGAGGGUUAGAUAUAUGGAGGAUAUUACACGGCGGCGCGAAGAUAUGCACUUUUGUUUUUCACCACGAGAAAAUAACAUUUCAUAGCGGAGCUUCCGCGAGCGGGCAGCCCCAUACCUCAGAGAAAAUGGGAACCCACCGAUGCCAGAAAAUGUGGUUAUAACGUCUCCGUACGGACGCUGAGGGAGGGAGGGAGUCAGGAGUCAGCCUGUCGGGGGGAGAAAUAUGUUAUAGCGUAAGUACCCGCGCGUUUCGGCAGUAAAUCGCAGAGCCACUCAGACAUUUAGAGAUAAAACAACAACAACAAAGCCGAUUCUUUCUUUCCACUUAAUUUUAAUGUCUACACUGAUAACAGAAAGAGCUGGAGCGAGAGACAACAAACAAAGGAGACUAAUUACGUUGGAAGAAUAACAGGAGACUUUUAUAGCGGUGGUGAGAAAAUGAGAAGUGCUAAAGCCCACCAUGGUGAAAAUGAGUGCCAUCGAAAAAUAAAACGUUAACAGGAGGAACACAAUACAACAUUUCCUCCAUAAAACGUGUAACUAGGAUGUUUCUGGAAGUUUCACAUUGUAAUCGUGAAAAUAAAGCGGCAAAGGCCGCGGCACACACCCGCCAAAACUAUGUAGCCCAACACUCCAAAUGAACUUAAGACAAAUACCAAGAGGGCCAGUUCUUGCUCAGAUAGCAUGUUUCAUUGUUAUUAUCAUUUUUUCCAAGAUGCAGCUGGAACUCAUUCACUUAUUGAUCUAUACUCGUGAGACUAGGUGACUGUUUUUCGUUCGCAGGGGCUAAGCUAACCGUAUCUUUAGAACGAAACGCACGUGCAUACCUGAAAAAGUAGAAACGGAUAAAUAAAAAACAUGUUAGAAAAACAAAGGAAGGGAGAUGAUGAAAACAACAUGAAUUUU